AUGCACAAAGCAGCAAUCAAGGGCGUACCGAAGAAAAACUUGCUGCUCGCUUUCGACGCGUUCGGAACACUCUUCACGCCUAAGCGUCCAGUAGCCGCACAAUAUGGAGAGAUAGCCCGCAAAUAUAAAGUUGCUGUAGGCGUCAGUGACGAUGAAAUAAAGAAUUCGUUCGGCAAUGCAUUCAAAGAGGAGUCAAAGGAGCACCCCAAUUAUGGGAAGAAGGUCGGCAUGGCGGCGCCGGAGUGGUGGGCAAGGGUCAUAACCAAAACCUUCCGCCCCUUCCUCCCCGCCGCCGAUACACCCCUCCCCCAUGGCCUUGUCCCGGACCUCUUAACCCGCUUCUCCACGUCCGAGGGUUACGCCCUCUACCCCGACGUGCUUCCGCUCUUUUCCCAGCUCCGCGAAAUGAAGUCUCGAACGACCGGCCAUCCCGACCUACAACGCUGGCCCUGGGACCGCACCAUCGUGGGCAUCAUCACCAACUCCGACGACCGCAUCCCCGGCAUCCUUUCCUCGUUUGGCCUCAUCGUCAGCCCGCGCCGAGCUGGCGACGCGGACUUGAGCACCCAGAAUGCCGACGUCGAUGCCGCAGGGGAAGAAGAUGUGAGCUUCGUAGUGCUAAGCUACGACGUCGGGGCCUCGAAGCCGGACCGGGCCAUCUUCGACGCCGCAAAGCAGAUUGGUACUGAGCUAUUCGCCAAGGUGGACGGAGCAGAGGCCGAGGGCUUUGAGAUGCUGUACGUGGGCGAUGAGGUAGAGAAAGACGUGUUGGCGGCGGAGGACGCCGGGUGGGGUGCGUUGCUCGUGGAUCGGGAGGGGAGACCUAGGGAACAGUUCACGGAUGGGAGACGAAUCGUCACAGUGGCGGAAGGGAACCGGAAGUUUGAUGUGGUUCAUGAUCUGAGUGCUUUGGGUUCGUGGAGGUUUGAUUGA